GAUUUGCUCAAUAGCAAGAAACAUUUCCAGGUUUAUAGUCUCAUCGUCAGCUCAGCUGAUUACAUAACAUUUCAAAAGACAGAAUGUAAAGAGAAGGUUGUGAUGCAGGUAACAUUGAAAACAAUUAAAUUUUCUCUGUGUUACAUUUUAGAUGUACCUGAGAAGGCCAGCUUUAGAAGGUUACCAUUUCAUUGCUGCAGCCUUUCCAUGCAGCCAUUUGAACAUCCACUCUGCACUAAAGAUGGCAUCAUAUUUGAUUUGCUAAAUAUUGUUCCUUAUCUCAAGAAAUAUGGGAAAAACCCAGUCACAGGAGAACCUCUGCAGGCCAAGGAACUUGUAAAACUGAAUUUUCACAAGAAUGCCGAGGACAAAUAUCACUGUCCUGUAACAUUCAAAGUCUUCAAUAACAACUCACACAUUGUUGCUGUCAAAACAACUGGAAAUGUCUUCUCAUAUGAUGUAGGUUAAAAGUCUUUGCAUUUCCCAUGUACUACUUUUAGUUCCUGACCAGUGCUGAAUGAAUCAGAGGAUGAAGAAAUAAACCAGUCAAAGGAAUAAUUCCUUUCUUUGGUUUGUAAACUGACAAAUUUGUGGUUCUCUAGGUUCUUUUUGAUGCAAAUAUAAUAUAAAUAUUUUCUUAAUUUUAUCCCUGAAUGAGACAUGAAGCUUUGUUUUCUUAGUGCCUUCCUUUUGGGUGGGAAAGUGUAUGCCAAGUGUAUGGUGGGGAGUGGAUAUAAAUCUUUGUCAUAUGCUUGAACCAGUAGUUUAUGUCAAAGAAACUUUAGUGUGAUAUGGCAA